AUGGCAGUAGAUGAUAACUGUAAAUCGGAGAAGCUGAGAGAGUUAGUACUGGAGACUGUCGGCGUAUAUCCUCAUCAGUACAGCUAUCAGGCCAAAUAUCUGAAACAGCAAGCUGAGGAGCGGUUCGGAAACUGGUGGAGUGUGGUGAUAGUCGGUGAUCGAGGCGGUUAUGGAAUGAGUGCUGUCUAUGAUAGAUUCAGAAACACAAGUUCCCUUGGCCUUGGCCUUCAUUCCUCGGUAGUACAACCCGAUCUCGAUUUCAAAUAA